AUGGCAGAAACUAAAAAAAAGUUGAGGUGGAUUCCUUUAGAAUCUAAUCCAGAGGUUAUGAACAAUUAUGUUCAUAAGCUUGGUUUAUCUCCAUUAUGGGCAUAUACCGAUGUUUUUGGCCUUGAAGAAGAGCUUCUACAAAUGAUUCCUCAACCAAUUAAAGCUUUUCUUCUUCUUUUUCCUAUUUCAGAAGCUCACAAGGACUACUGUAAAGCUGAAGUGGAAAGUAUUAAAGAGAGUGGACAGGAAAUAUCUUCUAAUGUCGUGUUUUAUAAACAAACUAUUGGUAACGCGUGUGGAACAAUUGCCUUAGUACAUUCUUUGGCUAACAAUAGAGAUUCCAUUCCUGUCGAGGAUGGUCCGCUUAAACACCUACUGGAUAAAACCAAAGAUUUGACACCCGAAGAGCGAGCCAAAUGUCUUGAGGAAGAUGAGGAAUUGGCUAAUACUCAUCAAUCCUCUGCGAGAAUGGGUCAGACUAGGGCACCUGGAGAGGACGAAAAAGUAGAUUUACAUUUUAUAUGUCUUGUCGAAAAAGAUGGUUCGAUCUACGAAUUGGAUGGAGGGAAACCUUUUCCUAUAAAUCAUGGUCCAUGUAACAAUUUUGUUAAGGACUCUGUUAAAGUAAUUAAAAAGUUCAUAGAAAGAGAUACCAAUAAUCUUCAAUUUACUGUAGUCGCGCUUGCACCGAAG